GGCCCGGCCAUGCCUACUUGGAGUUCGCGUCUCCAAAUCUUGGCCAUUGGGGAUGAUUCCCCGCCUAUUCUACCACCCUAGCACGUGGAUGUUGGUACAGUUCACUAGACUAGGGCACCACAGUAAGCUCAAAUUGCCAUGUUCCCUCCGCAGGACCCAAUGCGGGCCGGUAGCGAUGCCUUCAUGCCUCCACGAUUUUCCCACCAAUACGUGGCCAUGUACACACCAGGCCCCCAUGGCAACGCGGGUCGCAGCGCAGCAGCGUGCCUUGCAUACCCGGGCGGCUGGAUAUAUGAUAUCAGAUGUGGUCGGCCACCCUGGGCGCACACACUUCGCCGCGUCUCAUUGUUGAGCCUCUGGGGCAAGUGAGUCGUGACCUGCCGACGCGUCCGGGGUAGACUGCUCGCAGCACCGAGUCGCACGACACUCCCAAGAUGCAUUCUGCGGGCGUGAAGGGGGCCCUCUGGCUCGCCUUCAGCUCGGUGGUUGCUGCUCUGGGUCAGCAGAGCAUAAUCUCGACCAGCAGCCAUGGCGCCGAGAUGCAGAUCGCCGGCGGCAGCGUGGGCAAGGGCCAGAUUCUGGUCUCGAGCAACGACUACUGGGGCGUCAUCCGUGCCGCUGGCGACCUUGCCGUAGACUUCGGCCGCGUCACGGGCAUCAAUUACACGCUCAGCAACGGCGAGAAGCACGCGGCGCCGGCGACGUACACGUACCAUCCGGUCAACAACAUGAACAACACCUUCUACUCGACCACCGGAACUGCCCACUUCACCGGCCCGGCCUACGCAGACUACUCCCCGAAGUCCGUUGUCAUUAUCGCGGGAACCAUCGGAAACUCGACCAUCAUCGACAAGCUCAUCUCUUCCAAGGCCAUCGAUGUCUCAAGCGUCAAGGGCAAGUGGGAGUCCUUCACCAGCCAGGUGGUCAACAACCCGGUGUCUGGCUGCUCCAAGGCACUGGUUAUCGCGGGAAGCGACCCGCGCGGCACCAUCUACGGCAUCUACGACAUCAGCGAGCAGAUUGGCGUCAGCCCGUGGUACUUCUGGGCCGACAGCCCGCCGAAGAGGAGCAAGAACCUCUACGUCACGUCCAAAAAGAAGGUCCAGGGCCCGCCGUCUGUCAAGUACCGCGGCUUCUUCCUGAACGACGAGCAGCCGGCCCUGACCGACUGGGUAGCCUCCCGCUGGCCGGACACCCCUUAUGGCCCCGGCUUCGGCCAUGAAUUCUACAGCCUCGUCUUUGAGCUCCUGCUGCGGCUCCGCGCCAACUACCUCUGGCCCGCCAUCUGGGCGACCAUGUUCGAGGUCGACGACCCUGCAAACCAGCCGCUCGCGGAUGCCUACGAGGUUGUCCUCGGCUCGUCGCAUACCGAGCCCCUGAUGCGCGCGCAGAACGAGUUCGGCCACUUCUACCCGGGCCCCUGGGCGUACAACCUCAACAACAAGACCAUCGACGACUACUUCCGCUACGGCGUGCAGCGCGCCAAGCCGUACGCGCGCAACAGCCUGUGGACCAUGGGCAUGCGCGGCACCGGCGACACGGCCAUCGAGGGUCUCGGCACCGACCUCAUCGUGCAGAUGCUCGACAUUCUCGUCAAGAACCAGCGCCAGAUCAUGUCUGACGGUCUCGGCGUCGCCGACAUCACGACCGUGCCCCAGAUGUGGUGUCUCUACAAGGAGGUCAUGAGCUACAUCUUCGCCGGUCUGCAGGUGCCCGACGAUGUGACGCUCCUCUGGGCCGACGACAACUGGGGCAACGUCCGCCGGCUGCCGCUGCUCAACGAGACGCAGCGCACGGGUGGUGCGGGCAUCUACUACCACUUUGAUUACGUCGGCGACCCGCGCGACUACAAGUGGAUCAACACGAUCCAGCUGUCCAAGACGGCCGAGCAGAUGCACAUGGCGUACGCCCGCGGCGCCGACCGCAUCUGGAUCGUCAACGUCGGCGACCUGAAGGCGCUCGAGAUCCCCAUCAACCAUUUCUUCGACUUGGCCUACGACGCCAACCGGUGGGACGUCGACAGCACCGACGACUGGGCGGUGGCGUGGGCGGCGCGCGAGUUUGGAUCGGAGCACGCCAAGGACAUCGCCGACGUCAUGAUCAAGUACGGCACGUACGCGGCCCGCCGCAAGUUCGAGCUGAUCGAGCCCGAGACGUACUCCGUCAUCAACUACAACGAGGCCGACGCGGUGCUCCAGCAGUGGGCGGAUCUGGUUGCCAAGGCCCAGGCUAUCUACGACAAGCUCCCUGCCGAGACGCAGGCUGCCUACUUCGAGACGGUGCUGCACCCCGCCCUGGCCGGCCAGAUCGUGAACCAGGUCUACAUCGGUGGCGCCCGGAACAAUCUCUACGCCGGACAGAAGCGCAACGCGGCGAACACGGUGGUCCAGGAGGUGCUGGGGUACUCGGCGGCCGACGCGAAGCUUACCCGCCGCUGGAACGCGCUGCUCGGCGGGAAGUGGAAUCACUUUAUGGACCAGACCCACCUCGGCUACGACGGCUACUGGCAGCAGCCGAUGCGCAACACGCUUCCCUCCAUGAUCUACGUCCAGACGGACUUCGCCUCUCUGGCCGGCCAGCUCGGCAUCGGCGUGGAAGGCUCCAACGCCACCGUCAAGGGCGACGACAAGUACCACGCCAACAGCGGCAACGACCUGACCGUCCCACCGCUCGACCCCUACGGGCCGGCUACGCGCUACUUCGACGUCUUCUCGCGCGGCACGGAGGAGUGCGCCUGGAACAUCUCGGCGUCCGAACCGUGGCUGAAGCUCUCCCAGACGCACGGCAUCGUCGGCGGCAACCACCCGGACACGCGCGUGUACAUCUCGGUCGACUGGAAGUCGGCGCCCAAGGCGCCCUACUCGGAGACCGUCAAGAUCAGCUUCACCACGUGCCGCGGCUUCGACCGCUACGGGUACUCGGACCCGCACGUGCUGGUGCCCGUCAACGUGCGCUCGGUGCCGUCCAGCUUCACCAAGGGCUUCGUCGAGGCGGACGGCUACGUGGCCUUCGCCGGCGCGCACUACUCGGCCAUCCUCCCGCCGUCGCAGUCCACGCCGGCCAACAAGAACGUCACGUACCACACCUUCGCGCACUACGGCCGCAUCUCCUCCGGCGUCGGCCUCGUCCCGCAGAACACGGAGAAGCUCACGCUCGCCACCGCGCCCGCGCUCGAGUACGACCUCUACCUCUUCACCAACACCUCGGCCGCCAACGUCACGCUCUACCUCUCCCCCUCGCUCAACUACCUGGGCGACGCGACGCCGCUCGAGUACGCCGUGUCGCUCGUCCCGGCCUCCUCCUCCUCCUCCUCCUCCUCGUCGUCGUCGGCAGCGGCCGUCAAGUACGUGCAACCGGUCGGCGUGACGGUGGGCGCCAACAUGCCGGCGGGGUGGGGCGAGGCGGCGGCCAACGGCGUGUGGAGCGGCAAGUACACGACCAGCAGCUUCGCGGUGCCGGCCGAGGGCGCGUACAAGCUGCGCGUGUGGGCGCUGCUGCCGGGCGUGGUGGUGCAGAAGGUCGUCGUCGACCUGGGCGGCGUGCGGCCCAGCUAUCUGGGCCCGCCCGAGAGCUUCCUCGUCGGCAGGGACGUGGUGGGCAAGAGGGACGGGACCAGUUUCCUGUCGGAUCCGGAGUGAUUGGGUCGCGGAUGGGAGGAGGUAAGAGGGGAAAGGGAGUGGAAUUGUAUUCAGUUUAGGUAAAUUACCUUAACUAUUGUUAAUUCGAUAAUGAUAUUUUUGGUGGUUAAUGAGAUGGUGAUACAUGCCGCCGGCAAAUUAGUAGAAAGUGCUCUUCCUGCCGGUAUGAUGACGAAGCGUUCGGGAGGUCGAUAUUUCCAGCUUUC